AUGUCGUCGAUAGAUUCAGCUACUAAUACCGAGUCUUCUCAGACUGUUUCUGGUAGUGAUUCAGCGUCUGAUAAUAAGGUUGUGGAGCAAGUUAUAACAGUAUUUGAGCUUUCGUCCGAGAUAGAACAGUCCUUAAAGCACGUCUUAGAAGAGAUUGACAAGAAUGAAACACAAUUUCAAAAGAGCCUCAAGUCCAUACAUACGCAAUUGCGAGCUCUGGAGCGUUGA